CGUUCAUUUCUUCUUGGAGAGCGCAGACCAGUUCACGAAGGCUAAUUCUUUUGGACGGAUGGUGGCGGAAACUAAGCGCCUCCAGGAGGGAUGAAGCGUGAACAACGCCCAUUGAUCGGAGGCACUCGACCGUGGCAUCGGCAUUCGAACAAGUUUAUUUACGAUCCUAAAAAGCGUGUCAUGUUAUCAAUACGCAUGAUCUUUUAGUGCUGCAAUCGUGACUCGAUAACACUUGGCCGCGUUUCAAGUGUGUUAUUUGAGGUACGACGACGAGAGUGUCCUGAAACAAUUGAAACCUUGCAUGACGGAACUGUCAAAAAGACCCGCUCGAUUACUGAAAUGGGUAAAGCGGUCCGCGGCGUAUGACCGUAACAGCAGUCGUAAGAUGGUGUUUCAACCGGAGAAAAGAGAUCAUCUACCGUACGAAGUCGACCAACAAGAACAACAUUUGAAACCCGCAAAUGUCACCACGAUGUCUGCAUGUGUUGUGUUGUGACAUUUAAAAAAUCAGCCCCGGGCACCACGGAAUGAACCGACUGUAAACCGCGGGUUGUAAAAAAAUGCAGUUAUAGGCGGAACAAAGUAAAAAAAACGGCGGAUCCAUUAAAAAUCGCUGGCAAAACCGGAUGCGGCAAUCAUUAACUUUUUCUGCCUGUGGAAUUCAAGGACGCGCAUCUUUUUCGCACUUUUCUUUCAAUUGUUAAGUCUCCAUUCAGACACUCUGUUGUAGUUUUUAAGGUAGUUAGCAUCGGCCUUCGCUCCAUCCUUAGUUUUUCAAAAACAUCAAAGACGCCCACGGGGGCCCAGAACAAAGAAGGAAAAAUUCGGCUGCCACGUCGUUGCUAGGUGACGACAAGCAACACAAAACGUCAAAAUUGUUUCCGCAUGGAGCAUACGUGAAACCAGAAGCAGCAUUCCAGUGCACAGGGGGUGACUCACGCGGUGAACUGGCAUCAAGUUUCCAAGCUACUAACUGUUUACCAAUUUAUGUAGGCCAAUGUGGAGCUACUGAGUCUCUUCUCCCCUCCCCACCCUUUCACAGUCGAUUCAUACUGACACAGACACGCGGUACCUAUCAUAACUUAGUCUGGCAGCUACAGCAUACAACAAUGGGUGAUAAAAACAGUGGAGGACCCCAUGUCAUUCACUUUUCUUCUUCAGUGGGCCCCGGAACUCCUAGCAGUAUUUCAACCACAAACUCCUUGUACCCUGCCCUACCCAAUGAGGACACCAUUUCACUGCCUGAAACUAAGGACAAUGAAUUGCCAAUGACAGACAAAAGCUCACGAAGACAGGGUGCCUUCUCUGCCUUCCCAAGAGUGAAUGUUCAUGUCCCACAAAUGAUGGAUAUCAGCUCGUAUAUCCCUGCUGUGAGGCCUCCUGCUUUCUUGAAAGAUGUGCACAGAAUCCCUGGCCAAGUUGGGGACCAUGUCAACAGAGAAGUUCGCAACAUAGGCAGCAGCAUCAACAAAAUCAUUGAUCGUGGAGAUGUCUAUCUACACAAACCUCCUCCACUGCCAGAGUUUAAUAACUGGAGCAUUUUCGGUGUCUUAUUUUCCAUUUUUGGUUCUUUUUUCGAUCACGGUUCUGAUAUAGCUACUGCCUACGUGCUCUGGGCUGAGCCAGAUUCGAUUUGGUGGUUUUCUCUCACCGUUGUUUUGAUUGUCGUACCAACAGUCACUGUCAACGCUUUCAGUCUCUACUGGUAUCUCAACGAAGAUUAUCAAGCCGCAAGACGCAUGUUUUCAUCACGACCGGGAUUCUCAAAAUGUUGGUGGGGUUUUCGCAUCAUCGUACACAUUCUCCUACUGGGCCCUGUUUUCAGAUACAUCGAUUUGCUCUACUACGGAAUCAAAAGUCGCAAGUCUCGUUUGCAACGCAUCAACGUUCAGGGACCCUAUUGCCCAUGGCCGAAGCAACAAACUGAAAUAAAGAAGCAAGUGGAUUAUUACAAUCUGCUGUUACACGAGGAACGCGAUAUUGCCAUCUUAGACCUGAUGCACAGUUUCAUGCAGGAUGCGCCCCAGCUCAUUUUGCAGAUUUACAUUUUGGCACGACGCCCUCCUCAGACGCACUCAGAAAACGAUUACAUCAUCACAGUCCUGGUGCAGUCGUUUUCAUCGUUAACAUCUCUCAUGUCUUUGGCUUGGUCCCUGACUAGCUAUCAGAGAACUUUACGCUACGCCAUCCCGGAUAAGCCUCAAAUGAGUGUAGGUGGAUCAGCAACAACAUUUCUCUGGCACACCUUUCAAGUUGCCUCUCGCGUACUAGCCUUGGCCCUUUUCGCUAGUGCACACAAGCGAGAGGUUUUCAUCGCAUUGGGCGGACAUUGGGGACUGAUGGUUAUUUGGAUUUUAUUGCAGCGCACAAAUUUCUGCGGGACGCCUGACGGAAAGAGAAACAACUGCGGAGAAUUCUUUUACAACAUCGUCGUCGGUUGGAUGUUUACAUUCGUCAUGAUCAACGUGAAAGCGACUGCCACCAGAGUCAAGUACUCGGUUUACUACUUGUUGAUGGCAGCUGAAAAUACGACUAUGAUAGUCCUAUGGUUUCUGUUACCUGAAAGCGCAACCCACUGGUAUCACCUUCCCGCCCUGAUCGGUACUUUUGUGUGUUUUAUUCUUGGUCUCGUGUUUAUGUUCCUAUACUACAGACACUACCACCCUGAUGGCAAAAUGCCUAACAACAAUCAAUCUCCUAAAUUGUUCUGAGUGCAAGAAAGCAGUAUUAACGAAUGUUCUUGAGCCUUAUUUUCAUUCUGCCGUGUUUUCCUAUUUACUUACAUAUCUCUCGCUCUCUCUCAGUACAUCAACCUGGUACAUUUCUCAAAUUCCUGUCAUUUCCAUGUCAUGUUGACGAAUACAAAGAUAAAACUAUA